CAGCGCAUGAGUGUUCGUCUUUUGCAGUGGCGCGAAGCCGCGGAGUCGGGGCAGGGGUUUAUUUGGGCUGCCGGCUUUCACCAAACCCUCCGCUUCCACUCGGCGGUGGCCGGAGCAAGGAAGCGUCCCCUUAAAAGCAAGGAGAUUCUUCCCUGCCCCAGCCGCUCCCUUGCGCUCUGCUGCAGCUUGCAGGGGUCACCUCCGUCCACCGGGGAGGUUAUGAAGCUCACUAAAGCCCAGUACGAAGAGGUGGUUCAGUUCCUGGCUCAGGUACCGCCUACCAGGCAGAGCCUGAGGAAACUGAAGGCAAAAUUCCCCAGUCAAUCGCAGUCCACUCUGCUGAGCAUCUUCUCCCAGGAGUACCAGAAAUUAAUCAAAAGAACGCAUGCAAAACAUCAUACUCCAGAGGCAACUGAAGCUUACUAUCAAAGAUACCUGAAAGAUGUGUCUAAAAAUUCAGCUUCUCCUGUAUUAUUGGAACUGGCCAAUGAGGUGGAUUUUGCCCCAUCACUUAUGGCUCGAAUUGUGUUAGAAAGAUUUCUACAAGAACAAGAUGGAUCAGUACCUUCGAAAACUCUCAUAAACAUUCUGCUUCGGGAUCCUUCUCAGAUUCCAGAUGGAGUCUUAGCCAAUCAGGUCUAUCAGUGCAUUGUGAAUGACUAUUGUUAUGGACCAUUGGUGGACUGCAUCAAACAUGCAAUUGGAUAUGAACAUGAAGUCUUACUGCAAGAAAUGCUUCUGGAGAGAAAUAUAUCAUUUUUAGCUGAAGAUCAGUUACGUGCAAAGGGUUAUGACAAAACACCAGACUUCAUAUUAGAAGUGCCAAUUGCUGUAGAAGGUCACAUCAUUCAUUGGAUUGAAAGCAAAGCCUCUUUUGGUGAUGAAUGCAGCCAUCAAGCAUACUUAAAUGACCAGUUUUGGAGCUACUGGAACAGAAUAUGAAGAAUGAAUGAACAAAUGAACGAAUGAGUGAGGGAGUGAAUAUAUUCUACCAUUAAGCAGGGAGAAUUGUCAGCAAAUAAUUUGGUCCCGGAUUAGUGAUCUAUUGGUAUGGAUUUAUCGAGGAACUAGACUGUCAUCGCACCCGAGGUAUCUUGCUCAAAGACUGUUUCCCUACUGACAUUGCUGUCCUUUGAGGCAGAAUGGCUGAGCCACGAAGGUGGAAUAGACAAAUCCGGAAGCAAUUUUAUUUUCCUGAAGUAUAAACUACUGGCAACAUCUGUCCUGAACUUCAACUGAACUCUUACUGGCUGGGAUCGCCCUACCACCUCUUUAGACAAACACGUCAAGAGUCUCUGUUUUACUUCAACCCCCUGCUGAUGCAAGCAGCCAAAAAAUACCGACACAGCCCCAAACAUUAUCAGCAUUUCUGCCUCUGUCAAACAGUUUAUAGAUAGCUGUAAUCUUUCUUCCUUCCGGAUGGCUUCUCUUUGCACUUUCAACAAAAGAAGAAAUGUAGAGGUCAAAAGGUGUGGUUUUUAGUUUUCCUCCCUAUAGCAGAGUCACCUUAAAAAAAAAGAAAAUGUCUUCAGUCCCAAAACCUUUUUUUCUAGUAAAUGUUAAAAAUCUUGCUAUUACAAAGGUAAUUAAUGUCAAUCUCCAUUUUCCCAGGCUCAUUUUGGGCCAAAACAGGCUUUUAAAAAAAGUCACUCAUCGGUGCAUUGUUCUAAAGCCUGAAUUUCUUGGCUUUUAGGGUAUUAGCAAGACAGUUGACACUUCUAUAAGUAUCUAGUGUUGUUGAAAGUGGAAACAUAAAACUGCAGAAAUGCUUUAUCUUCAAACAAAAAGCUUUCCAUAUUGUUUCUUGAAUUAAAAGUAGGCAUGUUUAUGGAUUGUAGAAGAUGUAAUGGGCAUUUUAAUGCUAAUGUUUUAAAGCAAAAUAAAGUGGGUCAUUAUUUGAGCCUUUAUCUUGUCCUAAUAAUCUGAUUUGCAAAGAUAUUUUUAAAAUCAAAAUUAAGGCAAAGGAUUUCUUUAGACAACAUAUUGUGGACAUGGCCUAGAAAGCAAAGCUCCGGACCUUACAUUUUUGAUCUAUGUAUUAAAGGUCAUGUUCAUAAGCAUAGAAAAUUAUAGCAAAAAAGGGCAUAUACUCAAAUUUAGCUAGUUGGGUCAUAUAGCAGAGAUUAGCAGUCAUAUAGCAGAGAUUAGCAGUUAUAUUUUAUAACUGCUUUAGAGGACAGGUUUCCAAUCCAAUAACUUUUUAGGCCAUUUUUUUCUUUCAAAUCCUAUGAUGACACUUAUUUUUAUGAUUUGAAAGAGUAAACUAAACUUCUAUAUGUUUUUAUCGUUUAAAAUUCUUCACGAGUUUAUUACAAUUCCAGGCUCCUUAAAGUCAUUUCUGUCCUGCACAGAAUUACUUGAAGCAGAACUAUUCAUUCAUUCCUAUCAGGAAUUCUAUGUAGAAUGUAUUUUAAUGUCUAGAUUGGUAUGUAUUCUAGGUUAUGUAUUCAUAUCUCCGGUACUGAUUUUAGAUUUAGCUUUUCUGCUAGUGACACAUAUAGAAUUCAAAUAAAAUAUUAGAGAAACAGCACUGAUUCAUAAUAUACCAUCUAACUUAUACAUAACGGAAGACAUCCAUUUCACAGAAGAUAAACUAAUGAGGCCACAAUAUAGCUUGCUCAACAAUUUGAAUUUGAAUCUAGGAAGAAGUGAGAUUCUGAAUCCCGAAUUUCUCUUGCUUGCUUUUUCACUUCCUUUUUUCUAUCUUUUUCCUUUUUCCUUCUGUCUUUCCUCCAUCCCAGCCCCCACCUCCCACAAGCUAUUCAAGGAGCUUCUUUCAAAAUAUUUGUUUGAUCUGGAAUUACUUUUCUUAAUGUCCUUUCUUUUUCAUACACAUUUUUCGCAUUUAUCCAAGCGUGCAUACCAAUAUGGAAUCCGGAAUGUUCAGAGGGAAAAGGAAUUAAAGGUUACCACUUCACUUUAGAUCGUGUCCAAUUACCUAGCAUGUUUCAUAUGACUAUAUUCUGAUAUUUUCUUUUAAAAAAUCCUAUUUGCAGAAACUCACUUGCAAGAAAAACAAAGAUCUUGGUAAAUGUCAGAGGUGUCUAUGAGCAUUAUGGCAACCAUGUAUGUUUUGUUAAAUACUUCAUGCCUUUAUAUAUCCAUUAGAUCAUUCUGCCGAACUGCGAGUUGCUGAGUUUUUCCAGACACCAAUUCUUUCAAAUAAAUAUUUUCGCUUUAAAAAAAGAAAUAAUCCUUCUCUGUCUUUCAUUAAAAUAAACAGCCUCUUUCCCACCCAGCAAUUCUACCGCACUAUAUCUUGGCUACUUGGCAGAGAUAACCCUGCAAUUUUUGCCAUUUCUUUGGAAGAUCAAACUUUUCAUCAGGACCUUAUUUCAAACAGCUGUAAGUCAGCAAGUUAUUUGUAUUCAACGUGAUGCAAUGGGCUGCUUGAUUUGCUGGUACUUAAAAAUGACAGAAGAAAUCUGCAGUGUGUAACUUAUUGAGGAAGCAAAGAAAGCAACAUUUGGGUUGUUUUAAUGGCAUGCAACUGGGGAAAGAACAAGACAGUCUUGUAGCAUUGUCCUAACAGAUCACUGAAAAGGCUUCAUUUUGUGGAAACUGCAACAACAGAUGAUACAAUAUUUCUUUUACGCUCUUCUCCUCACUAAAGAAAGAAAAAUAAAAUGAGAUGCCCUUAAUUUGGUAUAUAGUAUACCAACCCAUAUACCAACUUGGAGAAGACUCCUGAGAGUCCCUUGGACUGCAAGGCAAUCAAACUGGUCAGUCCUAGAGGAGAUCAACCCUGACUGCUUUUUAAAAGACCAGAUCCUGAAAAUGAAACUCAAAUACUUUGGCCACCUAAUGAGAAGGAAGGACUCACUGGAGAAGAGUGCCUAAUUCUGGGAAAGACUGAGGUAAAAGAAGAACGGGACGACAGAGAAUUAAGUGGCUGGAUGGAGUCACUGAAGCAGUAGGCAUGAGCUACAUGGACUCCAGAGGAUGGUAGAGGACAGGAAGGCCUGAAGGAACGUUGUCCAUGGGGUCGCGAUGAGUCGGACAUGGCUUCGCAACUAACAACAGCAGCAUACCAACUCAUAUAGCAUAUGAAUUUAAAAUCUGCCUAAUUGUCUUCUUAGUUUUCAACUUUAUAUAAAUGCUUUUGGGUUUUUAAAAAAUAAAAUAAAACAAGUCAUAAGGACUAUAGAAUUUAAUUCUGCAUGUCCUAGUAGUGCAUUGCCCAGUCACACAAUCUAUUUCACUAUUGUUUUAAUUGACCUACACAACUAUAAACAGAAGUUUACAAGCUACAAAGAUCAGAUUCAAACAAUGUGCAAACCUAAACAAAAAACACAUUAUGAUCUACCAGAAUUAGGUCAACUGAAUUCUGGGAGAUAAGAUUCCAAUCUACCUAGGUGUUAGAUUGGAAAGGCUAGAUUUGGAGAUUAAUCAGUUUUAAACUGACAGAUACUUUAUUUAAUUAUUUAUACUUCCCAUCAUUUAUACUACUAGUUGCCAUUUCCAGUGAUAUGCCCGUAAAUUGACAGUAAAUAGUAAAUAGACUAAUAUUAAUUUUUAAAGUUAUACAACAAGACCAAAAUUGCUUUGCAGACAGAAAAUGCAUCACUCAGUCAGUACUUGGCAGACUUAGUACUAGAUAAUAGAAUAUGUUCCAUGUAGUCCAGUCUGCAUAUUUGGGUUAUGGAGAGGUCACAUUUUACCAAAAAAUUCUCAGGUCAGAGGAAUUAUUCAAAGCUUUUUCUCCUGGGUGUACUAAAUAUUAUUUGAACAUUUA